AAAACCCACCUCGGUUUCUCGACGUACCCCGUGACAUCGAUACCUAUCGCCUACUCGAUCAGGGCUACCAUAUCUUUGGCUUUUUUACUGAGCCGACUGUAAAUGUUGUCGCCGCCCAAUAUCGCCCCGCCUGUUCUCGCCCUCGCCUUCGCCAGAGAUGUCGCAGUCGCUUCGUUCGUGCCGGUAGUUACAACUCUACCAUCCCACCGCCGCCCGCCUUUCAUCUCACCAUGGAGGCGCCGUCCCCAACAUCGCUCCCCGCCGACCCAGUCUCGCCUGCCGAGAACUCUACCGAGUGUCGCCUGCUGGGAUCUUUCGCCAUUCUCGUACAGCUGGCUCUGGGCGGUCUCGCGCUCCUAGCCCUCGUAUACAAGCGCUGGAAGGAGCGCCCCCAGCGGCCUGUCAAGAUCUGGUUCUUCGAUGUCUCGAAGCAGGUCUUUGGCAGCGUGCUUGUGCACAUGGCCAAUGUGUUCAUGUCGCUACUUACAAGCGGCCGCUUCAGCAUCAAAGUCAGUCCUGCGACAGUUGGUCAGGCGACGAGGAGGGCCGUCAUGGUGUUGGCACGGAGGGGCGGCGAAUAUGUACCCAACCCGUGCUCCUUCUAUCUCCUCAACUUGGCUAUCGACACUACUCUCGGUAUUCCUAUCCUGAUCAUUAUCGUGCGCGUAACAACUCGCCUCGUGUCAUUCACUCCCCUGGGAAAGCCCGCGGAGUCCAUCCAGAGUGGCAACUAUGGCAACCCGCCAAAUGCUUGGUGGUGGCUCAAGCAGAGCGUCAUCUACUUCUGCGGACUAAUGGGCAUGAAGUUUUGCGUUCUAGUCCUCUUCAUGACGCUGCCGUGGAUUUCACACAUUGGCGACUGGGCACUUGGCUGGACCGAGGGUAACGAAAGACUUCAGAUUGUCUUCGUCAUGAUGUUGUUCCCCCUCAUCAUGAAUGCCAUGCAGUACUACAUUAUAGACUCGUACAUCAAGAAGCAGGAGAGUCUGGACGACGUCGACGAGCUGGACGAGGGAGACGUUACAGAACCAGUCAUAUACGACGAGAUUUCUGUGUCGGGGAGCGACGGGAGCGACGACAGCGAAGACGAGGAUGCCAAAGGCAGACGCGUUCGUAUGGAUAGGCGCGAUACGCCUAAGGAUCUUGAAUACGAUCCGUCCAUCGACGGCGAGUCUCAGACGGUGAUGGGGAGCAGCUCGAGCCGUACCUCCGACAGACGUGCGUUGCUGCCCAAGGAGCUGAUACCUCCUGAGUAGCCGGCGAGGCUUUCUUUGGCACGGGAUAAUGUCGACUAGGUGUCUUUGCUUAUCA